UUUCAAAACAUUUUGUUUGCAGUUAACGUGAAAUGGGGAAAAGAGAAGUUCGAUGGUGUGGAGCUUAACACUGACGAGCCUCCGAUGGUUUUCAAAGCCCAGUUGUUCGCACUGACUGGAGUUCAGCCUGCUAGACAGAAGGUUAUGGUUAAAGGAGGAACUCUGAAGGAUGAUGACUGGGGGAACCUAAAAAUAAAGAAUGGGAUGACCUUAUUAAUGAUGGGUUCCGCAGAUGCGCUUCCGGAAGAGCCGAUUGCUCGACCCAUCUUUGUAGAAGACAUGACAGAGGAGCAGUUGGCUUCAGCUAUGGAAUUACCAUGUGGAUUGACAAACCUUGGCAACACUUGCUACAUGAAUGCUACGGUUCAGUGUAUCCGCUCAGUGCCAGAAGUGAAAGAGGCCCUUAAAAGGUAUGGUGGUGCCUUAAGAGCUUCAGGAGAAAUGGCCUCUGCUCAGUACAUUACUGCAGCUCUUAGAGACUUGUUUGAUUCCAUGGAUAAAACUUCCUCCAGUAUCCCACCUAUCAUUCUCCUGCAGUUUUUACAUAUGGCCUUCCCGCAGUUUGCAGAGAAAGGCGAUCAAGGCCAGUACCUUCAACAGGAUGCCAAUGAGUGCUGGGUGCAGAUGAUGAGGGUACUGCAGCAGAAGCUGGAAGGCAUAGAAGGUGAUACGGUUAUGGAGACAGACUCUGGAGCUACAGCAGCAUCUUCUAAAAAGAAGAGUUUAAUUGAUCAGUUCUUCAGCAUUGAAUUUGAAACAGCCAUGAAAUGUACAGAAGCUGAAGAAGAGGAAGUAACUAAAGGAAAGGAGAAUUUGCUUCAGCUUAGCUGCUUUAUCAAUCAAGAAGUGAAAUAUCUGUUUACAGGACUAAAAUUGCGUCUUCAAGAGGAAAUCACCAAACUCUCUCCAACACUGCAGAGAAACGCACUCUAUAUCAAAUCUUCUAAAAUUAGUCGCUUGCCAGCGUACCUGACUAUUCAGAUGGUUAGAUUUUUUUACAAAGAGAAAGAAUCCGUGAAUGCCAAAGUUCUUAAGGAUGUUAAAUUUCCUCUUAUGCUGGAUGUAUAUGAGCUGUGUACACCAGACCUUCAGGAAAAAAUGGUUUCUUAUCGAUCAAAAUUCAAAGAUCUAGAAGACAAAAAAGUAAAUCAACAGCCAAAGAAUUCUAGUAAAAAUGAUGGUGCACAGAAAGAAGCUAAAUAUGAACCAUUUUCUUUUCCUGAUG